AUGCCAACAACGUUGCAGCAGUCUUCCUCCCCCACCCUCGAUCUCGACUGCGCACCAUCGCGAAGCAGUUCCGAUGAAGAGGGUAACGGGGACGAGAUUGACCGGUACUACAACAUGAAGGUUGGGGGCAACGUCGAUCCGGCUGAAUGGUGGAUCAGUAAUAAGGCUCAGUUCCUAAAGCUGUCUCAGAUGGCCCUUGACGUUCUCGCUAUUCCGGCCAUGGCAGCUGACUGCAAGAGGUCCUUUAGCAUUGCCAAGCUUACUCUGAGCUCCCAGAGGCAUGCAAUGAAGUGGGAGACUAUCGAGAUGCUUCAGAUGCUGAAGAACUGGCUUAGGAACGGCGAUAUCGUCAUCGGAGGAGUCAUGAUGGGCAGCAGUCCGGGUUGGGGAUCGAUUAAGGGGCAGCAGGGUUACGAAUAG